UCGACCCGAUUGAACCAACCAAGGGUUUAACAAAAGAAAACAUCAAAGUCAUUCACUCACACCUUCCCGCGCCUGAAAAUUCAGUGUUGUCAGUGAGAGGGGUUUAGGUCAAAAUUCGCAACAAUGGACGACGAAAUGGCAAUGGAUUCUCCUUUCUUCGAUCCUCAAGACCUCACCACUCGACAGAAGCUCCGCAGAUACGGGAAGUGGCAUUUAAAUUCAGGUGCCUCAGUCGAGCAAGAUUACUCGGCUUCUAAGUUAAGUGAAAGUGGGCUGUUUUAUGAUGGACAAAACAUCCAUAGUCCUACUAAUCCCGCACUUAUUCUUGAAAAUAUUAAACAAGAGGUUGAGAGUCUUGACACUGAUUACUUGGAAGAUAAGUCUUUGUAUUCCUCUAGAAAGAGGUUAUCUGCUGAUAUUCCUGGAGUUCCUGGCAUGGAUGAUGGUUUUGACUCUGUACGAUAUUCAUUAAAGGCUUGUAAGCAAGAAGGUGACUCAUUGGGAGAUGAUGCAGACAAUAUAUUUAAUCUGUUUGCUUCUCUAUUUGAUUCCUCUUUGACUGGAAUGAUGCCUAUUCCUGAUCUGAUACUAAGAUUUGAAAAUGAGUGUCGAAAUGUUUCAGAGUCUAUCAGGUAUGGUUUGAACAUAAGGCAUCGAGUUGUUGAGGACAAAUUAAUGAGGCAGAAGGCUCAGCUCCUGCUUGAUGAGGCGGCAACAUGGUCUCUCUUGUGGUUCCUUUAUGGGAAAGUGAUGGAAGAGCUCUCCAAAGAGAAAAUACUGGUGAAAGAAACAUCACAUGUAGUGGCUUGUGAGUUUGUUGUGGAGGACCAUAUAGCUCAAUUGUGCCUUAGGGUAGUCCAGUGGUUAGAAGGUUUAGCUUCCAAAGCACUUGACUUGGAGGCAAAGGUGCGUGGAUCUCAUGUUGGUAGUUAUCUCCCAAGCAGUGGUGUUUGGCAUCAUACUCAACGUUACCUAAAGAAAGGAACUUCUGAUAGAAACCUUGUUCAUCACCUGGACUUUGAUGCUCCAACUCGCGAAAAUGCAAAUGUUUUGCCCGAUGACAAAAAACAAGAUGAAUCUCUUCUAGAGGAUGUAUGGACUCUUCUAAGGGCUGGAAGGCUAGAAGAGGCGUGUGGACUUUGCCGAUCUGCUGGACAGCCAUGGAGAGCUUCCACUCUGUCUCCUUUUGGAGGUUUGAACCUGUUCCCUUCUGUUGAAGCUCUGAUGAAGAAUGGCAAAAAUAGGACUUUGCAAGCUGUUGAAUUUGAAAGUGGCAUUGGUCAUCAGUGGCAUCUUUGGAAAUGGGCUUCCUAUUGCGCAUCAGAGAAAAUAGCAGAGCUAGGUGGGAAAUAUGAAGCAGCUGUGUAUGCAGCUCAAUGCAGCAACCUCAAACGGAUGCUUCCGCUCUGCACAGACUGGGAGUCAGCAUGCUGGGCAAUGGCAAGAUCUUGGCUAGAUGUGCAGGUAGACUUGGAAGUCACUCGUUCACUGCCAGGAGGAGUUGAUCAAAAUAGAAAUUUUGGAGAUGUAAUUGACCGAAGUCCUGGACAAGUUGAUGGUUCCUUUGAUCCUUCAAGUGGACCUGAAAAUUGGCCAAUUCAAGUUUUGAAUCAACAACCACGACAACUUUCAUCUCUUCUGCAAAAACUUCAUUCAGGGGAAAUGAUCCAUGAAACUGUUACGCGGCAAUGCAAGGAUCAACAACGACAAAUUCAGAUGAGCUUAAUGCUAGCAGACAUACCACAUGUAUUAGACCUUAUAUGGUCAUGGAUAGCACCCUUGGAAGACGAUCAGAAUGUAUUUAGGCCUCACGGAGAUCCUCAGAUGAUACGAUUUGGUGCACAUCUAGUCCUUGUGCUUAGAUAUUUACUUCGCGAGGAAAUGGAGGCUGCUUUCAGGGACAAGAUUCUGAGCGUUGGUGAUAAUAUUUUACACCUGUAUGCCCAAUUUCUGUUUUCAAAGGAGCAUGAGGAGUUGGUAGGCAUAUAUGCUUCUCAGCUUUCUCGUCACCGUUGCAUAGACCUCUUUGUUCACAUGAUGGAACUUAGGCUGCACAGCAGCGUACAUGUCAAAUACAAGAUAUUCCUUUCUGCUAUGGAAUAUUUGCCAUUUUCUUCGGUGGACGAAUCAAAGGGUAGUUUUGAAGAGAUUAUUGAGAGAGUUUUGUUGAGAUCUCGAGAGGUCAAGAUUGGCAAAUAUGACAACCUCUCAGAUGUUGCAGAACAGCACAGACUGCAGAGUCUUGAAAAAGCUAAAGUCAUCCAGUGGCUUUGCUUCACACCACCAUCAACCAUUACUAAUGUGAAAGAUGUUAGUAAAAAACUUCUUCUUCAAGCAUUGGAACAUAGCAAUGUGCUCUUCAGGGAGUUUGCCUUGAUUUCUAUGUGGAGAGUACCAGCAAUGCCUAUAGGUGCCCACACAGCUCUUGGUUUUCUUGCUGAGCCCUUGAAACAACUUGCAGAGACUCUUGAGACCUCCGAGCAUCAUAAUGUUUUUGAGGAUCUGAGAGAGGUUGAAGAAUGGCGCGAGUAUUACUCCUGUGAUGCAACCUACCGCAAAUGGCUUAAAAUUGAAUUGGAGAAUGCAGAAGUUCUUGUCUCUGAAUUGUCACUAGAGGAAAAGGAAAGGGCUAUUUCAGCAGCUAAGGAAACACUGACUGCGUCUCUUUCACUGCUAGAAAGAAGAGAAACACAGUGGCUCGCUUCUACUGAUAAUAUAUAUGAAUCAGCUGAACCUGUUUUCCUUGAACUUCAUGCAACUGCGAUGCUCUGCCUGCCAUCUGGAGAUUGUUUGUGUCCAGAUGCUACUGUAUGCACCACACUGAUGAGUGCCCUCUACUCUUCUGUUGGUGACGAGGUUGUCUCAAAUCGACAGCUAAUGGUGAAAGUCUCUAUAUCUUCGAGGGACAAUUAUUGCAUUGAUAUUGUUCUUCGUUGCUUAGCAAUAUUUGGUGAUGGAUUUGGACCACAUGAUAUCAAUGACGGUGGCAUUCUUAGCACCAUUUUGGCUGCUGGUUUUAAAGGUGAGCUUCCUCGGUUUCAGGCUGGAGUUACAAUGGAAAUAUCCCGAUUGGAUGCUUGGUAUUCCAAUAAAGAUGGCAUCCUAGAGUUUCCUGCAACAUACAUUGUGAAAGGACUUUGUCGCAGGUGCUGUCUCCCAGAAGUCAUUCUUCGUUGCAUGCAAGUUUCUGUUUCUCUUAUGGGAUCAGGAGUCCAGCCAGAUUCCCACGAUAGCUUGAUUGAACUGGUCGGCAGUCCUGAAACUCGCUUUCUUGACUUGUUCAGUCAACAACAAUUACAGGAGUUUUUAUUGAUGGAGAGGGAAUACUCAAUCUGCAAAAUGGAGCAUACACAGGAAUGAUUAUUACCCAUUGAGAAGAACAUGAUCCAGUGCUUUAUCUAGAGCUACAAUUUUGAAAGAAUGUAUUUUUAUAACGCUUGCAUUUUGUUAUUUAUGUAGUUAUUGUUGUACUGUCAAGAAAGAAAAGAGGGCGGAUGAAAGUGUCUUCUGAUAUUGUUUGUACUCGAUCUUUAAAAAAUAUUCCUUAUUUGUAUAUAUAUUAAUAUAAUGUCUUUUUUUUUUUACAAGAUAUUAAUAUAAUGUCUUAUGUCUUA